AUGGCUAUUUCAAGAUUAUUCCGAAAAUUCAAAAUACUCCAGUACUUAGGCGCUAUACUAUUUUUAUUUUCCUUAUUAAAAUUAUAUCCUAGCAUAAAAAACAGGUUGAUAGGGCAAGGGCUAGACGCAAACAGGACAUACAUGCUAACCGUAAACCAUGAUUCUGGCAGGCUAGGAAACAAAAUGUUUAAAUAUGCUUCUUUGUUAGGGAUAGCCAAGAGAGAAGGAAGGAAACCAUUUGUUCUACCCUACACCCAGGAUGUGGAUAUGGAAAGUGUUUUUAAUUUAACCUUUGUGGCUCACCAUACACAGUUUAAUAUAGGAAGCUGGGAGGAAAUUGAGGAAACGGAAUAUGCCUAUGAGGAUCCAAUCUUCCGGAACUUACCCAAAACCGAUAUUAAGCUGUGGGGAUACCUGCAGUCCUGGAAGUACUUUCACAGUAUUGAACACGUCCUCAGGAGAGAGUUUACGUUCACCCCAGUAUACAAAUCUGAAGCCGAUGGUAUUUUGAACGAUAUCAGAGAGAAACAUCAAAAUAAGGACCAGAUUGUGUUUGUAGGUGUACAUGUGCGUCGUCGAGAUGAACAUUCUACCAAGAUCACCUGUGAAGCCCCAAAGUCAUUCUUUACGAAUGCCUUUCAGAAAAUGAGGUCCCUGUUGCCAGGAAAGACUCUAAUUUUUAUUGUGUCUGGCAAUGAUCUAAGCUGGUGUGAAAGAAACCUGGCCAACAAUGACACUGUUGUGCUCCAGCCAUCUUCGUCAGCUUUUCACUUCGCAAUUCUGGCUAGUUGCGAUCACUUUGUAGUCAGCGUUGGAACUUUUGGUUGGUGGGCUGGUUGGCUCACCGGAGGCCAUGUCAUUUAUUAUAAAAAGUUUCCACUUCCACUUUCAUAUGAAGCUAUUGGCUUUCAUAUUGAUGAUUAUUAUCCAGCUUCCUGGAUAAGUGUAGAUGAUUAG